UACAUCGCACCGUUGUUGGUGUUAGGUCAACUUGACAAGGAAGAACAAAAAUCAUCGCUCCGUAAUUGGGUAAAACGGCGUACUAUCGAUUGUUGCAGUGGCCAUCUCGAAUCCUGUAAAUCGUAAAAAUCCUCUCUUUUCUUCACGCGCACACUCUCCGGAGGUACUAGAAUUCUGAUUUUUUUUUUUUUUUUUACUCUUUCAAGCUGCAGAAGAAAACAUAGCCACAAUUACAAACAACCCUUCUUCUUCUUCUUCUUCUUCUUCUUCUUCAACCUCUUUCCCGUUUUCUCUCUCGACUUCCCUUUACCCCAUGCUGUUUAGCUAGUUCCUCGUCCUAUUGGGAUUUUGGGGGGAGAACUUUUGUCUUUUCAACUUGAAUUUUGCCGCUUUUGUCUCUAAAUGGCCGAUGUUUUUAGGUUCUCGUCUCAUUCUUUCUAUUUCUCCUCCACUUCUUUGCCACCCUCCUUCGCCUCGUCCUACAGUUCCCUUCACCCAUCUCUUCCAUCCAUUCAAAACCCAGAAAAGAGGUCGAGUCCUAUGCCAUGUUAUUCCACUAGCUAUGCAAUGCCUCUUUCUUUCAGACCCAGAAAGAGGUUGGUAUCUUUCAAGGUACAGGCUGCUGUGGCUGAAAAAGACCAGCCAAAAUGGUGGGAAAAGAAUGCACCAAACAUGAUUGAUAUACAUUCAACACAGGAAUUUUUGACUGCAUUAAGUGAAGCUGGUGAUAGAUUAGUUAUUGUAGAAUUUUACGGAACCUGGUGUGCUUCUUGCAGGGCAUUAUUUCCCCGGCUCUGCAGAACAGCUGAUGAACACCCUGAGAUUUUAUUCCUAAAGGUCAAUUUUGACGAAAAUAAGCCAAUGUGCAAAAGCUUGAAUGUCAAGGUCCUUCCUUAUUUCCACUUUUAUCGUGGAGCUGACGGCCAGUUGGAGUCCUUCUCAUGCUCACUCGCAAAGUUUCAGAAAAUUAAAGAUGCAAUUGAGAUGCACAACACAGCUCGUUGCAGCAUUGGGCCGCCAAAGGGAGUAGGCGAUCUUAUACUGGAGCCUUCCUUGGCUCCUAAAGACAAACAAUAAACAGAAGCUUCAUCAUAGACUUGCCCAAAGCCGCAUCGGUAUCAUUGUGCAUUCCCCUGAUAUUAGUAUAACCUUCUUGUUUUUAUUUUUUUUUAAAAAAGAUUCUGCAGUCAGCUAUCCAAUCUGUAAAUUGUCAUUCUUGUUCUGUAAAAGAAUUCAGAAGUUGAGAAUACCAAUCAUAAAAUAUUUUGUUAAUUUUA